AUGGCCGACAGUGCCAGCUCCGACAACCUGGAUCGGAGUCCCGCAGCUUCGGAUGCUACUGCUACCAGCAGGGGAUAUACAAAUAGAACAGGAGCGAGUCAUAAGAGGUCUCCCGAAGACUACAAUGUAGCUCACAUUGCAACAGCUAUCAGCUUCCCAGCGGCACUGCUGGCUCGGGACCGGAUACUACCCGAGAUGGCCAAGUUCAGAACCUCUCGAGGACUAGGGGACUCGAAAAGUGCCUCCGCUUCUACUCCGAGCGAAAUGAAAGCUCGCAUGAUGGUAGUUUACGAUGUUGAUGACAGGGCGGCUAAAGGCACGGUCACAGCAAUGGUCCAGAAGGGGUGGGAUGAAGUAUAUCUCCUCAGUGGAGGUUUCAAGGAAUUCUCAAGCAGUUAUCCGGAACUUGUUAUCGAGACUCUCCAAACUGCUUACUCGGAUCCACCAAAAACAGGCUCGCCAGCUGUUCACAACGCUCUACUGGAGUCCCCGACAGGAACAGGGAAGACUCUCUGUCUUCUAUGUGCCACCCUAGCCUGGCGAAGGAGCCUCACUGAGGACAAGAUGCCUUCGUCGUCUUCACCCACCAACGCUACUUCCCUUCCAAUUGAAGAUGUUCCGCUGGAGACGCAGCCUGAGAUAGCUCACGCCGUGGAAUUCGGUAUCAUCGGACCGCGGUGGCGUUCCAAGCAGCUGAUCGUUGAAGAGCAUCAGCGGCAAUCCCGUCGGUCGCCGUCCCCGCCUUCUCGGAAGUCGCCAGUGGCGGUGCCGAAGAUUGUAUAUUCAUCGAGAACUCAUAGCCAACUCCGACAGGUGAUGCGAGAACUGAGGGGUACGAGCUACGCGAAGGAUUGUCAGCAUAUAACUUUGGCGUCGCGAGAGCAUUAUUGCGUUAACACCAGGAUCAGCGCCAUACAGGGGAGUCGGAAAACAGCCGCAUGCACUAGCCUCAUACUCAAGAAUGCCUGUCCAUACUACAACCGGAUGUGGCAGAUGAAUGAGACGCCCUCAAUGAUACCGCCGCCAGCUCUCGACGUCGAAGAACUGACAUCGCAUGCUAGGGGGAAAGGCUACUGUCCGUUUUACUACGCCAGGAAGGUGGCGCGCGAGGGGUCUAAUUUGGGAUGCAUGCUCGUACCGUACAACUACCUCUUCGAUCUGUCAGCCUUGAAGGGAGCCCUCGGGCCACAGGCCUUGGAAGGGGCGAUCGUCAUAGUGGACGAAGGUCAUAACAUUGAAGCUGUCUGUGAGGAGUCUGCAAGUUUCGAGUGGGGCAACUUUGAUAUUUUCGCAGCUGUGGAAGAAGUGGAUGAGGCUGCUUAUCGCUGCAAUAAUUCUCCAAAAAUUCUGGGCCUGAACGUUGAGCAUGCCCCCGAUGACAGCCCUUCGGCCGCGCCAGUGACGGAGGAUGACCUUCUGCUUCUUAAGGAGGACCUGAUGUCGUUGGAGGCUACACUAACGUCGGCUGAUAUCAUUACUGCAACGGAGGGAAGUGCGGUGCUAGACUUUUUCAAGCAGGCAGGGAUCACGGAUCAGACCGUUACGAGGAUCCGCUCAACACUUGAAGGCGCUAUAUCCCUCUUUCAUACAACAGCUCCGGAGGCUGACGCUGGUGGUCACUCGAACAACAAUACACUAGGAGGUGUAGCAGCCAGAAAACUGUUGGCCAGCGAGGGCAUUUUGUCACUCAUAGUCACAAGCGGGACACUCGCCCCCCUCACUGAGUUCAAGCGGGGACUACGCGGCGUGGACUUCCCUAUAAUGCUCGAGAACGAUCACAUCAUAACUUUCGAUCAAGUAUGGGGUGGUAUCAUAUGUGCGGGGCCAACCAAUGUUAAACUAAACGGCAGCUUCAGAACUAGGAACAGCCAUGAUUAUUUGCAGGAGCUUGGCAAUGUCUUGGCGAAUGUUGCGCCUAAAGCAGGGGACGGUGUGUUGGUUGCGUUCAGCAGCUACGCACAGCUCAGAACUGCCAAGGACUUCUGGGACUCCCAUGAUAUCACCAACCGAUUCCAGCAAAGAGGACUGAGAAUUUUCGAAGAACCAAAUGACGCGGUAAACUACAUACCGGUUCUGGCUGAAUAUACAGCGGCUAUAGCUUCUAACUCCUGCAAUGGUGCGAUUCUCUGCGCAGUUUGCCGCGGUAAAGUUUGCGAAGGAGUUGACCUCACUGACCGGCAAUGCCGCAUAGUCAUGGUCGUUGGAAUACCCUAUCCAAUGUUCAAGGAUGAAAGGGUGCAGCUGAAAAUGCAGUAUUUGGAUACUGCAAGAGACAUCGAAGACAUUCAAAAAGGCGCACACGCUCCCCUCGGCCGUGCAUGGUAUAGCCUCGAGGCCAUGCGAGCUGUGAAUCAGGCUGUUGGGCGCAUCAUACGUCAUAAGAAUGAUUUUGGCGCGGUCCUGUUAUGUGAUGAGAGAUUCCAGAGCGAAGCCCAUCGGUUACCCGCCUGGCUCCGACCCUAUGUGAAGACAUACCAAGCGUUUGGCCCUGCGAUAGGUUCUCUAACACAGUUUUUCAAUCAAAUCCCUGAAGCUCUCCAGGCAUCGGCUCGCCUCUGCAAGGAUUCGUACCUCGAGGCAGCGAUCAAUAGCAGCAAAGAUGUGAGCAAGUCCAGCAAGCUAGUUGGUCGGGUGGGAUCAACGUCGAUUUCGAAUCCAUCCAACGCCUCGAAGCAUAACAGCCGAGAUGCUUACGGGGAGAACCUCAACGCCUUGACAAACCGGAUGCUCAAACAAGUGGCUGGUUCAACUGGCGGUCGAAAUACCAAGACGAAGAACGAUCAGUUCGUCACUCUACUGAAUAGGACUCUCUCCAAGGAGGAUAGUCGCGUCAUUACGGAGUGUACCAAGCUGAUAGUCACUGGAGGACAGUCGCUUAUCGAUGACCAGCUACGGAGUAUCCUGCGCAGAGUUUAUCGAAUUCUUUGGGGAACCGGUAGCCAAAGUCACAGGGAGUUGAUUGAACGUUUCGACGAUAUGGCAAGACGUGUGAAGAAGAAUCCACGAGUGCCGGUUCUAUGGCGACAAGUGAUGGAGGAGUCUAGUGCAUCGCAGCCAGCUGCAAAGAGGGCCAAGUUUGAUCCGACACAAGUCCAGCAGGUUCCCCGUUGAAUAC